GGACGAGAGAGCACUUCCUGUUUUUAGCUUUUUAGCAUUUGGUGAACUCGUGGACUUACAGCUGUAGUACUGUUAUGUUGUACAAGGUAAAAUGAAUAUUCUCGGUCGCUGUAAGAAACUGGUUUCACCAGUUUAUAAAAGCAGAGUUUUACUGGAACAAACUGGUGUUUUUAGAAGCGUCUGCUCGGUAUCCGAAGCACGGUGUGACGGUUUGUGUUUACCUCGACGGUUUACAGCAAAUGUGUCGUCCUGUCAGCACUGGCAUCAUGUUUCCACCUGUCACUUAAACACAAAAAGAUUUUAUUCAGAGGUGUGUAGUGAAAGCAGUAAUUCAAAGAUGAGCGCUGGCGUGUUUGAAGAGGAGUCGCAGGAGAUAGACGGUGACCUCAGGGACAGCAGUGCCCCGAGACAAAGAUCUCCUGAGACGUUCAAUCUGGAUGUGCUGGUGUCUCUCCUUCGUCAGGAAAAUGCGGUAGAUAUCUGUGUGAUUAAAGUACCGGAGCAGAUCAAAUACACAGAGUACUUCAUUGUUGUCAGCGGCGUAUCACCAAGACACCUCCGUGCAAUGGCACUUUAUGCCAUCAAAACGUACAAGUUCCUGAAGAAAGAUAGAGCUCCAAAUGUCAGGAUUGAAGGAAAGGAUGCAGAGGACUGGAUGUGUAUUGACUUUGGGAAUAUGGUGGUCCACUUCAUGCUACCAGAGCAGAGAGAACUGUAUGAAUUGGAGAAACUUUGGACUCUCCGCAUGUAUGAUGAGCAGCUGAAGAGCAUUCCCCCUGAGAAGCUACCAGAAGACUUCAUAUAUGAUGCUGAAGUCACAAAGUGACAAAUCAUCUAAGCUGUGCAUGGACUUUACAACUUCUUUGUGACUUUGGACGCAUCCUUUUCUAUCCCUGUGAGUAGAAGCAAGAGAUGUUUUUGGACAGAAACCAUAUUUUUUGUUUGGAAUUGACAGAAUUUAAGUGGGCUGCCCUCUCACACAAUAGCAAUACUGUAGGAAUCACUAGUUUCAUUAUGAUGCAGUAAUAUAUCAAUUCUUUGGACAACGACCCAAUAUUUCCUGAUAUUACAAAAGCCCUGUUUCCACCAAACACUUCUGGUAUGGUACCUUUGGAACCAAAAGUAACUCUUCAGACAUGGUACCUAGACCCUAGCGUUUCCACCACAAACUGUACUCUUAAAUGUGGACGAGGUUGUUGUCACUCACUGCUCCGUCCAGCACUCACUGUAUUUCCUCCUUUAUCAGUCUGCACCUCAAUAUUUGUCCACAGAACGAGGUUGCACGCCACCAUUUGUCUAACAAAAUAGAACAGGCUGCAGUGAGAGUCUCCAUGGUAUAUUAAAAAUAGCGGGUUUGUGCAGCUCAGGGGUUUAGUGUUGCCUUAGGAACAACGGCUCUGCGAUGCCUUUUUUUUUUCCGAGUGAGGAUUAGAAUAUAUGCAGUUCACAUAACCCGGUUGAAAGUAAUAUAUAUUGUUAAACACUUGAGGAUCCACUUAUUACUAAAAGUUUAUGUCAUCAAAGAGAGGAUCAAAACUAAAGUAAUGGUCAGCGUUGUCACAAAUUUAAGGUGUACUGAUGGGAUCACGUCAUCACCUCAUACACUGAGUAACAUUACAACUAAACGUUCCACCUUAAAAGUUGCCAGCAGUCGGUCCAAUGAAUAAAGUUUUUUUUUCACAGUCUUCAGCUGCUGUGAGAGGCAGCAAAACAUCUUUUCAUUUUAUAGUUACAGUUUACUAAUAUAUGUAAGGCUCUCCAUGGUUUGACUAGUGGUUACAUGAGCUUCAAAACCAGCCACAACUCAGCCCUGAGCAGAGGGACCUUGUGCUAUUGACCAAUCAGCGGACUGCAGUGUUCACAGCUCCACCUUUUAGCACCGGAUCUGUGUGCUAGGUACCCCAACAGAGGGUUGACCAAAAAUGGGGACGGUACGGAACGGUUCCAUUGGUACCAUCCACAAAUUUCCACAGUGGAAAUGGGAAAAAAAAGUGUACUGAACUGAACUGAACCGUACUGCUUGGUGGAAACGGGGCUAAAGUCUGCCACAAUGCGAUUUCGAUUCAGUUCAGGGCCCUGCAAUCCAUACAAGACAAUAUCAGCAAAUAUCCUUGUUGAAGUACAAGUAUUAAUCCAUCCUUGGGUGCUUGCCAUUGUCUGCUUGGCCCCAGGCCGCUAGCACCGCUUGAAUUUUUAGGUAGGAGGUUUGCUUGGACGGAAAUGGUUACACAGACGUUCCUUGGGAAUUUCUAAAUAAAGGUGUUUCUUAAAGAUGACAAUAUGUAUUGAUGUUUUCACUUUGCAAUGAUAAUAAUGUAAUCGUUUAACAUCGAUAUCGAUACAUUGAUUCAGUGUAUUGUUAUAUCCCCAGGAAUCACUGCCCCAUUAUACUGAUUAAUUGUACACAUCUUUCUUUUUCAUAUUAUUUGACCAUCAGAGGGUAUCAGGAGGUAUUUGUAAAGUAACAUUGCUUAUUUGUGAAUGAUUUUUGAGCCUGCUGCUGAAAAUGUGCACAUCUUUAAAAUAUUUUCAAGGUUAGAAAUAAAUUAUUUUAAUACCA